AUGGCACCCUCAAGACCUGACGGCAAAAAGACGAAUCCUGACAUCGCAAAGCUUCUCGUCGAUGCACAGACUCAGCUCGAGGUCGGAAGGUUAGAAGAGGCUGCUACACUCGCCCAGCAGGCCCUUGACACCACCGGUCAGGGUGGUGACUUUGAGCUCAGCGCUGCCAACCUUCUUGGUACUAUCUUUAUCGAGUCUGGUGAUUUGGAUGAGGCCCGAGCCGCUUUCGAGCGUGCAGUCCACCUCGAUGAGGAUGGUACUGUAGACGAGAAGAUUGGAGGUGGCCCUGAGAAGUUCCUUCUUCUGGCUCAGCUCAGCGAGGAGGGUGGUCUUGACACCGUUCAAUGGUAUGAGCGUGGUGCUACUGCGCUUCGAAAGCUGAUCGCAUCACUGACCGAAAUUCGAUCACCCACCCCCGAGCAAAAGGCCGCUCUUCAGGAGAGGCAACACAAGCUGGCUGGAGUUCUCUGCGCUGUUACCGAGGUGUACAUGACCGACUUGUCUUGGGAGCCUGAUGCCGAGUCUCGCUGCGAGACCCUUAUUACCGAAGCUAUGCUCCUCGCCCCUGCGGCUCCAGAGACCUGGCAAACUGUCGCCAACGUCCGAAUUUCACAGAACCGUGCCAAUGAGGCCCAGACUGCUCUACGAAGGAGUCUUGAGCUGUGGCAGAAGCUUCCUCCCAACCACCCUGACGUUCCCGAGUUUCCUACCAGAAUCGCUCUUGCCCGCUUGUUGAUGGAGACUGAGCUGGAGGACGAGGCUUUGAGCGUGCUGGAGCGUCUUGUUACAGAUGAUGAUACUAGUGUUGAGGCUUGGUACCUUGGCGGUUGGUGUCUCUACAUCACCGGCGAGAAGCAGAAGACCACUGCUUCUAAGCCUUGGAACGAAGGCGUUAAGGAUAGCGAUGAGUGGAAGGGACUAUGGAAGUCCUCGAGACAAUGGCUCACCCAGUGCAUGAAGCUGUUCGAUAUGCAAGAGUACGAGGACGAGCGACUAGGAGAACACGCCAAGGAAUUGUUGGCAAACAUCAACAACGAGAUCGGUGAGCCAGCUGAGGGCGAGCUCGAGGACUGGGAAGACCCCAGCGAUGGCGAGGGUGAUGAUGCUGAGAUGCAGGGCUGA